AUGCGUAACAACGUCGUCCACCUCCCGAACGGCCAGUUCUAUAGCGUGACGCCCGUCUUUGGCGGGGUCAACUUCAAAUCCAGCGACAACCACCUCAACAACUCGUUGAUCCCGCCCGGAUGGACCGUCGUCCUCUACACGCGGCAGCCGACGGCGACCCAGAAACAACAGGGCUCCGAAUCGCACGACCGUCCGCCCAGUCGCGGUCGCGAGGCGGCCGAAAAAGAUGACGCGAGGUCCUCGACCCGGUUCACCGUGCCGACCCUGCACGACGACUGCCUGUAUCUGUCGUACAUUGUCAAUCCGCCCGACAGCGAGUACAGACCCGCCGCGUCGCCGUCGCGCCAGAUAGCCAUGAUGCUCUGGGUCACGCUCUGGUGGUACUUCCACGAGGAUGAGCCGUCGCCGUACCUCGAAACCGACGCGGCCGCCAACACACCCACCCGGGGCAAACCCAAGGGCGAGUGGCGCAUCAACAUCAAGCGCGAGGGCAUCUUCCAGGGCCGCAACGUCCUCCCCAAGCUCGAGCGUAUGGGUCUCAUCUCGACCGAGGACUCCGCCGUCGGCACCGACCCCUACGCCGCCGCAUCCUGGGACGCCAUGUUCGUCAGUCGCCGCGCCUUCUGGCAGAUCGACCCGCGCCUCUUCCUCUUCACGCUCAACCCGAAAUGCGGCCAGCACCCCAUGACCGGAUCCUUAUCCUUCCUCUCCCACCGUCUCGCCUCGCCCACCCGCGAGAACAUCUACCCCCGGGACGCCAACACCCCAACCUCCAGCAGCGACCAGCGCCCCUUCACCCCGAAAGAAACUCCCUACACCUCCGGCAGCCAUCUGCCCACGUACUACCCGCCGCCGCCGCCGCAAUACACCUUCACCAACGGCGUACGCCACCCCAUCCGCCCGAAACCCCCGCACCAGGGCGAAGUCUUCUACGUGCGCUACGUCCCCAGCGUCCAGCAGUACCUCUCCUUCCGGGUGCCGAACCUGCACGCGCCGGACGCCAAAGGCCCGGCCGGCUCGGCGCUCUCCUCACCUACGAUGCACCCACAGCCCGACACGCCCUCCGAUCUCGAGCUCCUGCACAAGUGGAUGAACGACGCGCGCGUCAACGCCGCCUGGGGCGAGGGCGGUCCCAUCGCCAAGCAGGAGAACUUCCUGCGCACCAAUCUCAACAGCCGCCACAGCUUCCCGGUUAUCGGAUGCUGGGACGGCAAGCCCUUCGGCUACUUUGAGAUCUACUGGGUGAAGGAGGACCGGCUGGGCUCGCUGAUCGGGAACGCGGCCAACUACGACCGCGGUAUUCAUCUGCUGAUCGGCGAGCAGGAGUUCCGUGGCCCGCAUCGCGUGGCCAUCUGGUUGAGUUCGUUGGUGCAUUAUUGCUGGUUGGCGGAUCCGCGGACGGAGACGGUGAUGCUGGAGCCGCGGGUGGAUAAUGAAAAGGUCAUUGGGUAUUUGAGACAUUCAGGAUUCUAUAAAGAGGGAGAAGUGACCUUUCCCCACAAGCAAUCUGCUUUGAUGAAGAUCAAGCGAGACUCUUGGGAAGGUCCUGUUUUGUGA